AUGGAUAGCAAACCAACGGUACUUGUGAGUAUCGCGGCAGGAGCGGCAGCGGGUGCGACCGAGACGUUCGUUACUUACCCAACAGAAUAUAUCAAGACGUACAGACAGCUGCCUCCCCCAACUUCGAGCGCUGGGUCAUUGGAAACUUACCGCCCAAAGACCAACAUCCAAGUGCUCCGGGAUACUCUCAGGGCUUCUGGACCUCGUGGGCUAUACUCAGGCUGCUCUGCGCUUGCCGUUAGUAACGCAGCAAAAGGUGGUAUUCGCUUUAUAUCCUUUACACAGAGCCAGGCGUGGCUGCGGAAGACGACUUUCGGCAAAACAAAUCCUGGAUGGAGCAAUGCUCUUGCAGGACUGGCGGCUGGGGCUACAGAGUCCAUCCUUGUCGUUACACCUGGAGAGGCAUUAAAGACCAAGAUCAUACAUGAUCAAUCUGCAGUCGGGGUAAGCAGACUGGGUCUUGAGAGGCUGAACUUGGCACAAGCAGCCAUGCGUGUCGCCAAAAUGGACGGUGUUCGAGCACUCUGGAGCGGUUUGGGACCCGUGCUUUGCAAACAAGGAACGAAUAGUGCUGUGCGGUUCGCCACAUUUGGUUGGGUUUUGGAUAACAUUCGACAAACCUGGAAGAUGGAUGGUGUAGGUGCCACCGUGAUGGCAGGCGCUGUCAGUGGCGUGGUUACCACCUAUGCUUCCAUGCCUUUUGAUAAUAUCAAAACACGUAUGCAAAGUCUGGAUUCGACAAAGUCUGUGGGCAUGUUCAGACUUGCCUUCUCAAUGCUGAGGAUGGAAGGUCCAUUGGUGUUCUGGAGAGCAACAACACCACGACUCAUGCGAUUGACUAUGUCAAGCGCAAUAACCUUCACAGUCUUCAACCAGAUUGUUGAACUUGCCGCAGGACUGAAGGAGCAGCCAUGGGCUUCAGGAGCAAAAACGGAGAUUUGA